AUGCCUAUCAACUCGGAUCCCCCCUCUUGGUACGCCGCGCCUCAACCGCCGGCAGUACCAGGACAGCUGCAGUUGACGCGAAAGUCAAUUGCACCCCAGAACGAAGAUCCAGCUGCCUUCUGGAUGCAAAAACUAGAAAACGCCGGAAACGCAACAGCUUUCCCCCUCGAACGUUUCUCUGUGUCCGAGCACACCAGUAAAAGAGAGACCACCGGCUGCACACUUUCCAGCUUCCCAUUACCUGGGAGAGGAUCUGAAAGACACUCAAUAGCAUCCCAGAUUCAUACUGCAUGGGCCAUAUUAGUGGCGCAAGAGCGAAAUGCAACUUCGGUCAUUGUCGCCACGUCAGAAUCCGGGUCGGGGCCGAUUCCCAGGAUCCUGAAUGUCGACUACAGCCAGUCGAUGGCUGAAAUUCUCGGCGACAUUUGCAAUGACGCAACGCAAAUUUCCUCGUAUCAAACCAUGACGUUGGACAACAUUCGUCAACUGCCUGGUGUUUCAUCUUUGGACCUGAACACCGUUGUCUCGGUGGUUUCAUGCGCCUCGCAGGCAGACUAUGAGAACAAGAUCAAAGAAGAUGCUCUUCAGAGUCCAUUUCCGCUAGCCCUACAAUUUUCGGCACACAACUUCCGCCUGCACGUCAAUGCAGAAUACGACACAAGAUUUCUGAGCAGCCAAGACAUGGUGCGCCUUCUAGCACAGCUGGACAUUGUUUGGAAUAAACUAGGCGAUGUGUCCUUGCAAAAUACACCACUCCGAGACGUCAACUUUUGCGGUCAAUCCGACUACGCCAAGAUCUUGCAGUGGAACUCCCAAAAGCAUGCUCCAGUUGAGGACUGCAUCCACUGGCAGUUUUCCAAACAGGCCGCCUUGCAGCCAGAGUCAGAGGCCGUCUCCGCAUGGGACGGCAGCUUCACAUACCGCAGACUCGAUCAAAUCACAGCCCGACUCGCCUCGCAGCUUCGCUCCAUGCCGAAGCCUGUAGGUCCAGGGAUUACGGUACCGAUAUGCUUUCCAAAGUCUGCAUAUGCCGUCAUCGGCAUGCUCGCAAUCCUUCGCACAGGCGCAGCUUAUACCCCCAUAGACCCUACUCAUCCACGUAACCGCAUCGUGGAGAUUCUCAACCAGCUCGACGCCACCACCGUCCUUGGUUCUCGAGAAUAUCUGCAGCUUUUCCAAGAAACGCGCGCGAGCCAAAUGGUUGAAGUGUCCGAUUCCACCAUCUCGCUGGAUGACAACGGUUCAUUUGCGCCCGUCGUGGCUCAUUUGGGCGAAGUGCAAGUCAAACCCAGCGAUCCUUGCAUGAUAUUAUUCACGUCUGGAAGCACUGGAAAGCCAAAGGGAAUUGUUCUGGAACACAAGUCGAUAUGUAAAGUCUUUCAAGAACAUGGCAAAGCAUCUGGCCUGUGUAAAGAAACUAGAGCCCUCCAGUUCUCGGCCCAUACCUACGACGUAUGUCACGGAGAAAUAUUCGAGACAUUGUAUUGGGGUGGCACUGUUUGUGUGCCCUCUGAAGAGGAUCGCAUGAGCAACAUCUCGGGGUUCGUGAAUCGCCACAAUGUGAACUGGGCGUGUCUCACCCCAUCUGUUGCGGGGUUGCUAGACCCUACACAGAUGCCCGGCCUCAAGACUCUCGGCCUCGGUGGUGAGGCUGUGCCUGGUGAGGUUCUGCGACUUUGGAGGGACCAUGUGCGCAUCGUCCUCAUGUACGGACCUUCGGAGUGUAGCAUAUAUACCUCGGCCAAGGAUCUAGAGACGGAUGCUGACAUUGGUACUCUUGGUAUCGGCCGCGGAUGCAAUCUCUGGAUUGUCAGCCCGCAAAACCACGAUCAGCUCAUGCCCAUAGGAGCAGUGGGUGAGCUCGUUAUCGAGGGCCCCAUUGUGGCUCGCGAAUAUCUCAAUAAUCCGCAGCUGUCCGAGAAGGCUUUCAUGACCGGCCCGCAAUGGGAGCCGGAGAGGGACAGCGAACACACUAGCCGCUAUUGCAAGACGGGCGACCUAGUGCGUUACGAUGCGCAUGGAGCCAUUCGUUUUGUUGGCCGUAAAGACGCCAUGAUUAAACUUCGCGGCCAAAGACUUGAGCUCGGCGACGUUGAGCAACAUCUCAAGGUGGCCUUUCCAAUGGCAAAAUCCGCGUAUCCGACUGUUGUUGAACCAAAGGCAUUUGGAUCAGCCAAGAGCUUAGCUGCCUUCAUUCUCAUGGAUGGACAAUCGGAUUCACCGCCCGCCGCCGAUGAAGAAUUGCAAUCAGCCGGAAUUCACUCGAGCAUGCUAUCCAACGCUGAGUGGCGAAGCAUCGUACAAGAAGCAUUGAAAUCAUUGGGCGCCUCUCUCCCCCAGCAUAUGAUUCCUUCUAUAUUUGUUCCGAUGCACCGAUUACCUCUAAGCCCAUCAAUGAAGACAGACCAGAAGAAGCUACAAGCCAUAGCCGCUGGUUGGGGAGCAGCUCAAUUGGCUACAAUCAAUGCUUCCCAGUCGCUUCAAGGCCCAGGACAAGAGUGCGAGUCGCAGUCGCGGGAUGUUUGCCGCAUGAAAGAACUGUGGGCAGUAGCGCUUGGCCGCGACGCAAGUGUCAUCGGCGCUGACGACCAUUUCCUCUUCAUCGGCGGGGAUUCUGUUCAAGCCAUGCGGCUAGUGCGACUUGCUAGAAAUGCCGGAUACGCGCUCAACUACAAGGACGUCUUUGCGCAUCCGCGCCUCAGCGACCUUGCGAAGCACAUGGCGAGCUUGAUGGAGAGCGCGCUAGAGGUUCCUCAACAAAGCGUCGUGGAACCCUUCAGUCUGUUCAAAACCGAGACAGAUAAGAAAGAAGCGUACGAGUUGAUUGCUUCAAAGCUUGCCAUAGAGCAAAGCAGGAUUCAGGAGGUUUUGCCCUGCUCGCCAUUGCAGGAGGGACUGAUGGCCAGCACCUUGAAACACCCAGGCAGCUACGUCGCGAGAAGCACCUUUCGCCUUCGGCCGGAAAUUGAUCUCGAGCAGUUCAAAGCUGCCUGUGAGCUUCUGGCUUCUACAAUGCCGAUACUGCGAACACGGAUCCUUGAAAUAGCCGAUUAUGGUUUGGUGCAAGUUGUGCUGGACGAGGGCUUCCAGUGGAUCGACAUUGAAGAAGAGUUGCUCGUCGGUCUGGGAACUCCCCUGAGUUAUUUUCAGCUUGAACGACCCCAGGCUGAUCCGCAUCCAACAUUUAUCUGGACUUGUCACCACGCCUUAUACGAUGGACACUCCAUGGCUCUUCUGCUUAGCUCUCUAGAGAGUCUAUACAGCACUAAACAGCUGCACUUCUCCCCAGUGCCUUUCUCUCACUAUUUUAACUACGUCAGAGAUGAAGGGCAAAAGAAUGAGCAUGAAGCAUUCUGGAAAGAGCAAUUCGGACAGGCUUAUGCGGCCCCCAUCUUUCCGAGGCUGGCGGGCCCAGGUGAAGCGCCAUAUGCUGAUAGCGUGGAGAAGCUCAGCAUUGGCAACAUUGCAUGGCCCAAAGCGAAAGACGCAACACCAGCAACAAUGAUCCGAUCCGCGUGGGCAAUUUUGCAGUCACAGCAUGCUGCUUCUCAAGACGUCGUAUUCGGAGCGGUUUCUAGUGGACGCCAGACUCUUAUAGAGGGAGCCGACGCCAUAGUCGCACCGACCAUGACGAAUGUGCCUGUGAGAAUAGUGCUCAACAGCAAUGACAAAGUUGAGGAUGUACUACACCAGGUACAGAUGCAGGCACUGGACAUGACCUUGCACGAGCACAUCGGGCUGCAGUCUAUAGGACGAGCGUCUCCGGAAGCUAUGCAAGCCUGCAAGUUUCAGACUCUUCUUAUUGUUCAGCCGGCAUUGGAGAACGAUGGUACCGACUCCAGACUGUUCCAGCUGCAAGAGGCCGCUGGCUCGCAUCCUAUUCACAGCUUCACCCACGAAGCAAAGGAUUUCGCAUUUGUUCUUGAAUGCCAGUUGAAGCGGGAUGGCGUCAGCUUGCAUGUGAACUUUGACUCCCGCUUCAUCGCGGACACUCUUGUUCGUCGCAUUCUGGGCCAGUUUGAUACUGUUCUUCGACAACUUUGCAACGUUGAUCGCCACAAAGAGACGCUUGGCUCCUUGGAUCUAGCGUCUGCCGCCGAUACGUCAACAAUUUUUAGUUGGAACAGGUCAGCCGGAGAGCCGAUUAUGGAAUGUGUGCACAACAUCAUUCAGGCUAAAGCGCGAGAGCAUCCUGACUCUCCAGCGAUACAUGCGUGGGAUGGCAAGCUGACCUACGGUGAGCUGGAUGCCAAGUCAACAAUCUUGGCUCGCUCCAUGGUGUCUCAGUCUGGCCCGUUUACGAAUGAAAUCGUGCCGCUGCUCUUUUCUAAAUCCAAGUUGGUACCUCUCGUGACGUUGGCGGUCAUGAAAGCAGGAGGCGCAUGCGUUUUGCUAGACACUGCUCAGCCGGUCCAGCGACUUCAGGCCAUCGUGAAACAGAUAUCUCCAAGAGUCCUGCUGUGUUCAGACUCGGAACUACAAAUGUCCAGGACACUCGGCCCUUCUACCACCUUUUCUAUCAAAGACGACGCUUUCGCAGAUGUUGAACCUUCCCGACAUAUACAGCUGCCCGAGGUUAACCCCCAGAGUCUGGUUUAUAUCACUUUUACCUCUGGCAGCACCGGCAUUCCCAAAGGUGUUAAGCUGAGCCAUAGCAAUGUUGCAAGCGCUCUGCAUUACCAAAGAGACUCGAUUGGAUACAGUGCGACAUCCAGGGUCUAUGACUUUGCGUCGUAUUCUUUUGACAUUUCCUGGUCUAACAUCCUGCACACCCUGGCAUACGGUGGCUGUCUAUGCAUCCCGUCACUGGAAGAGCGUAACAACAAUCUCACAGAGUCUAUGCAAAAAUUCGAAUGCAACGCUGUCAAUUUGACGGAUAGUGUUCUGAGUCUUCUGUCGCCAUCAGACCUUCCACUGCUGAGGACAAUUAUAUCCGCUGGCGAGGUCACAAAGUCGGAAACGCUUCUGAAAUGGGCUAGCGCCGCCCAGAUUUAUCAGAUAUAUGGCCCAGCAGAGUGCACGCCACUUAGCACUGGUCAAAAGACUCCUGUGGGCUCGGCAAAGGCCACUAUGGGACGCGGAUUAGGCUUCAACACCUGGAUAGUCGACGCUUCCGGGCGCCGGCUCGCACCGAUCGGAGCUGUUGGAGAGUUGUGGCUGCAAGGGCCGUCAGUCGGACAGGGCUAUCUGAAUGAUGCUGAAAAGACAAACUCUUGCUUCACAUCUAACCCGCCAUGGCUCCCCUGCAGCACUGACGGUUUACCAGAGUGGCAAGGAAAAUGCUAUCGCACCGGAGAUCUAGUACGAUACGGUGACAGAAUCGACGGUACAAUGGAGUACGUCGGCAGAAAAGACAACCAGAUCAAGAUUCGAGGUCAAAGAGUUGAGCUGGGAGACAUCGAACACCAGAUAGGCCGCGGUCUGGCGGCGCUGGGGCACGCCAAGGGUACCAUGAUAGCCGUCGAUGUCGUCACCCUCAAAGGCUCGGACGAUGCAGCUCUGAUUGCAUUUGCAUCUGUAGCGGAGCUCCAGAACGAAAAGGAUCAGCACAGCUUCGUCUUUGCUCUUGGUCAGAAACUCAACAGCUGGCUUGCGGAUGUGGUACCAGCGCACCUCAUCCCCGUAGGCUACAUCCCCGUCAAGACGUGGCCGCAAACGCCGACCGCGAAGCUCGACCGGAUCCGCCUUCGCGCAAUGGGCUCUCAGUGGUCCCUCAAGCAGAUGCAGCCCGCUGCACAGGAGGAAGCCACAUCACCGGCAGCAGCUGCGCCACUAACGGCCGCCGAACUUCGCCUGCGGAUCCUAUGGGCGAUAGUUCUGAAGGUCGACGCGACGAGUAUUGAGGCCGGCGAUCAUUUCCUGAGGGUCGGCGGCGACUCCAUAAAGGCUGUAAAGCUGGUUUCGGCCGCUCGGUCUCAGGGCCUUGUCCUCAGCGUCGCCAAGAUCCUCAAGAACCCAAAGCUACAGGACAUGGCUCUGGUCAUGACUGAGGGCAAAGAUCUCGCAUACAAGGAACCUCUGCCAUUCAGUCUCUUGAAUAUGAAGACGGAGGAUCGUCAAGGUCUGCUUGGACAUGUAGGACCGAUACUUUGGUUUCCUGUGGGUUGCGUCAAAGAUAUUGCGCCAACCACCUACACCCAAGCGUUGUGUGCCGAUGCCGCGAUGCGCGCACCCCCACAGGGCUGCUUCGUCUUCCACUUGGACAUUCCCCAGCAAGUCCCUGUUUCAAGCGUCACUGCGUUUGCAAAGAAACUGUGGGAGCAGGCCGAUGUGCUGCGGACAGUCUUUGUGAAGUCACCUUUGGGAGAGCUCCUACAGGUAGUUCCAGACCACACUGUGGCGCCGGAUAUCGAGACACAUGAGUUGGACGAGUCCACCUCUUUGGAAGACGCGGCCGAGCACGUGUUUGCCUCCGCUCUUGUGCCACCGCUGCGCGAGGGCGCCAGCUACAUCAAGUUCAUCGUUCUUCACGGCCAUGGCAAGUCAACUCGUCUUGGUUUUAGGGUUUCUCACGCCCACUUUGACGGCGUCAGCCUGACGCCGAUUCUCAAGUGUCUCGCCGCAUCGCUGCAAGGCACCGACUGGCCGUCGAUCCCCAAGUUUGUGGGCUUAGUCGGCCACGUCAAGAAACAAGACAAGAAGACCGUGGAGUACUGGAAGAAAUAUCUCAAGGGCUCCAAGCCACUCCUUCUGCCGCCGCCAACAGGUGAAGCGAGCCGCAUCGUCACCUUGACAAAGAUCAUCGAGAAGCCUCCCAAGAUUUCGGACUUCACCUCGGCAAACAUCUACCUGGCUGCCUGUGCCGAAGCUUUGGCUCGCUUGCAUGACACGGCGGACAUUAAUGCCUCCGUCACGGUGUCUGGAAGAACAUUGCUGCCCGCAGGCUUGGACAACACCAUUGGUCCCUGCCUCGUCCAGACCCCCCUGCGCGUGGUGCUGCCCGAGGCCUCGGAGCGCACAUUCCAGCAGACCCUUGAUAAGGUUCACCAGGCCCAGCUUGACAUGCUGCCGGCCGAGAUUGCAACCAGCUACGACAUUUUCAAGGCUUGCACCAACUGGCCCGAGCAGCACCGGAAGAUGGCGUACAAUGUGCAGUUCCACAAUGUGUUGUUCCCAUCCAUCGACUUGCUGGGAGACGGGACGCAGGUAGAGCUCGGCGUACACGGGCCGACCGGGGUCUGGGAUCAUUCAGAGGAAGUCUGGGUGAUUGGUAGACCAGUCGGCGAUACCUGGCACAUUGCGCUGAGUGGAAAUGCAUCCAACUGCACAAUGCAACACCUGGAGCAAAUUGGAGAAACAGUAAAGUCUAUAUUGGCGGAGGCAUAG